CCAAGGCAAUCCGUUGCUUGAUACAAUGGUAGCAUGGUUAGGUUGGGUUAGUUUGUGUAAUUUGUGGUAUCACCGUGUUGUCUGUGAGUCAGAUAACUCUGCCUAAAAACGCUGAACAUUAACAAGAAUUUUAAAAAUAAUAUAUCGUAUUGCGCACGACCGGAAUAGGAGCGCGCGCGAGGUGGGCAGCGUCGCAUACUGCGUUCGUGCCUUUCAAAAGUGUUUCGUUCGUAGUGAUGGCAUCGUUUGACUAGAAGGAAUGUUUGCAAGAGCAUGAUGCACCACCGAGACGAUGAGGUGCCUAUGGAGCGCUGCCUGCUGGGCAGCCAGGUGGUGCGGCUGCCGCAGGUGCUGUGUGAGCAGGAGGCCUUGCUGCGUGCUGUCCUCAGCAUUGACACUUGGAACAAUGUCCUCUCCGAGGCACACAAACUGCGGCUCAUGGAAUUCCUGCCCAGAUUUGGUGAGAAUGACAAGGAGGAAAAGGUGGAAACCUUGCAGCGGCUGUUCAGUGGGUGCAACUUCAAGUUUGGCAAUCCCAUUCACAUCUUCUUCCUGCGGCUCAGAGAUGGUCUCCUUGUGCCUGACAUUGCACGUACAUCAUCGCUGGUACACAGGGCCAGCUACAGGGACUACCGGCUACACCAGCGUCGCUACCACUGUCGCCUGCUGCAGGAAAUCUUAGUGUCUCGCAAGAGGCUGCUGGAUGCCUGCCUGGACUGGGGUCCCUGGGGUGGAGUGGCCCGUCCUGUUGGAGGAGGCGGUGGUGGCGGCGUCCGCCAGGUGCCCCUCGCACAGCGCACUCGCUGGCGCUACUGCACGGAGCUCCAGGAGCUGCGUGACCGCCUGGGGGAACCACGCACCUCGGAUGAGGACGACCUCUGCUCGGAGGGGCCUCCCAAGCUGCUGCGAAAGUACCGCCGACAGUUGCACCACUUUGAGAGUGCCCUGAGCCCUGAGUUGAAUCGUGUGCCCUCAACCUUAGCUGCUGCACCUCAUGGACCACACCGGUGCGACACCAGUUCGGGUCGUUUUCUAAGCAAGUGCCUGACUCUAUCUGAAAUCACCGAGGAGCGUUUUCGAGACAUGCUGUUGGCUCACCGGCAGAAACGACUGGCCGGCUUGAACACGGCUGAGCUGGACACCUCGUCUGUGAACCUGGAAGACGUAAUUAGCCGAACCAAUUUGUCGCGAAGGCCCCAGCUGCGACCUCAGGACGGCCGACCACCGAAGCGGCCACGCGUGAGUCUCGGAGGCCCGGUUGUGGCUGCCGUGGUGGCUAGUAGCCCGCCCCCAGCCGUGCCGUUGCCUCCAUCGCCCCCAAUGGUGGUCCCCAGUAGCAGCAGCCUCUCGGAGGCCGAGCUUCUCCUGCCCGCUGCGGACUCAGAGGAGGACGAGGAGGAGGAAGACGUGGUUGCCCCCCCUUCCCAGAGCCCCUCCAGGGCGGCCCAUCCUGUGAGCCCCCUCGCUCUGCAGCAACCGUCCUGCUUCUUCGCACUGCUGCGAGACUUUUUCAAUGAAACGGCUGAGCAGAAGAUGUCAGCUACCAAGCUGGAGGAGCGGGUCAAGACCUGGAGCCACUCUUCGGGUGCCCAGCAGGUUGAGUGGUUUGGACGUCGGGACAGCUGGCCAGACAUGGUCUCCUCGGCCUUGCGUUUCCUAGCUGGUGACUACAUAGGACUGCUGCCUGAGGACUUUGUGCCGUACCUGGACUACAAGGAGAAGCAGCAGCAGUGGCAGUGGAUAGGUGCUGGCCGAGACUCGGACAUGCAAACGCACGCCCUCUGCCAGCACUGGCUACAGGAGCGUGAGCCCAUGGAUGCCCUCGAGGCCUCCCAGGGCUCGCCACCACCACCCAAGUCCACCACGGACUGGACUGUGCGACCAACCACUGACCACGAGCGCUCGCACUAUCGCACACAGGAGUGUGUGCGGUACCAGAAUCCCCACCGGGCGUUCACAUUUCGGGUGCAUGGCUACGAGGCUGUGGUUGGACCAGUCAAGGGCGUGUAUGGCAAGGAGAGUGGCGUCAACAAGGCCCGGGAGCACUCGUUGCUGGUCUCCGACCGGCCACCCUUUGUCACGAUCCUCUCGCUUGUGCGGGAUGCAGCUGCUCGCCUGCCCAACGGUGAGGGAACACGUGCCGACAUCUGUGAGCUGCUCAAGGACUCCCAGUACCUGGCUGAGGCCAGUGACCAGCAGAUCCACACUGUGGUGAGUGGAGCCCUGGACCGGCUGCACUACGAGAAGGACCCCUGUGUCAAGUACGACGUGAACCGCAAGCUUUGGAUCUACCUGCAUAGAUGCCGCACCGAGGAGGAAUUUGAAAAAAUCCACCAGGCACAGGCGGCCGCAGCCAAAGCCAAGAAGGCUAUCCAGAAGAACAAGCUACCCCGCCUGAAGUCCAAGGAAAGCCCGAAGGAGCCCGAGAGCCCUACGAAACGGCCGGUCUUGUCACCACCACCGUUGCCACGGGCAGCAGAAGAGCCGCCACCAUUGGCUGAGGAGACUCCCGAGCCCAAGCUGGUCCCCAAGGGCUUUCAGACUAUUGUCAUCAAGCAAGAGCCCAAAAAUAAGCCAGUCAUGGCUCGUCUGGUCUCCAGUUCACAGCAGGUGGUGUGCAACCUGGUGGGGGGCAACCCAAGGCCUGCCCUGCGCAUACAGAGUUCACCAUUCCUGCCCGCACCACGCCUGAUCACUGUCGCCCAGCAGGGACCACCGGCUACAGCCACGCCCAUGCUGCUGGCAACGCAGCCUACCGUCGUUCUGGCUAACCAGAGCAGUGGGCCCCUCAAGUCGAGCCCAGCGUACAUGAUGGGUGGUGCCACAGGGCCGCCUGCCAUGGUGGUGGGUGGCCAGCCACUGAAGGGCAUCAAGGUGAUACCUGUGCCUCCACGUGGUGCCCGACCUUUGCUGGCACGCCUCAUAGGGCCGGCAGGACUCAGGGCGGUGCAGCCUGCGUCAUCGCUCAUCGUCCAGGUGCAACAAGCUAGUGAAGGAAAGCCCCGGCCUGACUCAUCAUGAUGUACCUCUACUCUUUUAUGUUGUGGUUAUUGCCUGUGGUCUGCUCAGAUUGGUUCAACAAGUUGGCUUAAGCCACACAGGAGUGCAACAGCUGAUUCAAUUUCUCCAUUGUGCACCAAACUAGUUUGCCUGUGCCAUCAGGCGCCGAACCGCCCUUGUUGUGGCAAACUCGUUUAUAAGCGCUGUACUGCACCGAAGCACCCAAAGUUAGCUGCAAAGUGCUACAACCAUGAAGCCCUGUGCCCGAAAAUGUGGCUGAAACAUUGUGUUUCUUUGAAACAGUUUCCUUGGGCAGUGAAGUUUGUUUCUAAAAGCGCAGUCGCUAGUGCUGGCGUGCGUGCUGUCUUGACAAUCAUCAGCACAAAUGCCUCCUGAAUUAUUCUACGUGCUGUGCUCGCAAUACGAAACGACUGUGUGAAAAGAGCAUGUCUCCCUGGCGCGACUGUAUUCUCAAAAACCGGCAUUCUAUUAGAGUUGCAUGAUAUUAGAUGCAAAGAAGCUAGCUGCCAGCCUGACCUUGUAUAACCGUAGAAUUUGUUGCUAUAACAUUCAUUGCUUCAUCCUUACGGUGAAACUGGUUUUUUAUAACUUGAUGGCAGCGUUCAGAAAACGAAAAAAAAAGAUGAUGGUUACAGUGCUGAGAAUAAGGGGGGGGGGGGGUAGUUUCUGAAACAGCCUAGCAAGGACAGGUUCAUAGGGCUGCUUAUGAGCGCAUGUGCAUAUAUUCUCAUUUAUGUCACCGCUUUGCUCAGUUAUGCAGCGCUUAUCAAGUUGAUGCUCGCACGUUCAGGUUUUAAACAAUGCGCGGUUGUAGUAGCUUAAAAAGUGACAUUUUCACUGCAAGGGCGAAGCAAUGAAUGCAAAUGAAAUAAAUUGAAAUAUACUAAGUGGUGCUGGCAGCUUAGAUCUACAAAAUGCUGCUAUAAGAGAAUAUGGCCACUUCAUGGAGAGCAACACUUUUCGCACUAUCUCUUUGCAAAGUGUAUGAAGCGUGUAUGGAAGCUGCCCGCUGAUGGCUGCUGAGCAAGUGCGCAUGCCAGGGAUCGCGAUCGCGCCCUCAGAUGCAAAGUUAACAGUUUCUGCUUGUUCAACCUAAUUCAAGACCUCCAGGGUGUUCCCUCUGUACUUCGAUGACAGGCCUCCCAAGCGGAGUGAUCUUAUCUUAUGAGUCAGGCUUCGGGCCUAGCGUGAGCCCUUGGAGCAACAGAGAUAGGCCGGGUCUACUGAUAUCUGCUUCAGUUGCGUUCAUCGUCCCCAUUUGCACACUUUUACCCACGGGUAGAACAUGCGGUAUGCGGGAGGGGUAGGUUAUCAAUUUGAACUUUAUGCGGUACAUGACGGUGACAACACAAAACCCGUCAAGAGACGUAUAGUUGUCUUUCAUUUAUAAUAUCGUAACUAAUUUCUAUUGCAAUAAUAAUGCCAUUGCACGAUUAAGCUUGGUGGGAAAAAUGCAGCAUUAGGCAAAUGUUGCUUCACAAGUGCUGUGUAACAGGGCUACAUCUCAGAGUGUUCUCUCAGUUACGCGUGUGCUCGGAAAGGCCAUUCUGGCUUCUACAAGCCUGCUCCAAAACAUAUUUCUGGAUGCUCCAAGCCUGCUACAAAACGCACUCUUGCUCAGGACUGCUCUAAGACUCAUGUACUCUGUUCCACCCCUGUGGUCACAUUGCAACAUUGGUUUUUUACAGUAAAGCUCUUCUUCAUCAAUACUUUUCUCAUGCCGGAAAUGCGGUAUGGUGAAAGUUAGGCCUGGCAGAAAUGGCAUUGCCUGGCCGGAGAGGGGUAGAGCUCGGCAGAAAGCUUGUCAGAUCCUGGCUGUUUGCAAGAAGUAGGUCAACGAGGGGCUCAAUGAACUAGUACUGAAGGUGGGGUCUACCCUUCCAGAAUGGCCAAGACUGCUUGUACUCCCGGCAAAGAAGUCGCCCAACAUGAGCUGAUGCGGGAACAGGCAUGUCAUUACUGAGCCGACUCCAGCCGUAAAAGCACGAACUAAGCCGUAUAGUCAUCACACGACAGCUUUCAUGAAGUGGAGAUGGCUGGAUUUUUUUUUAUUGGUUUCAAAAGUUGUUGCAGAGAACCACAAUGGUAUAAAACAUUACGUUGGGCCUAGUUGGUACACAACCUUUAAAUCGAAAGCUGUUGUUAGCCAGCACCAGUGCUGGCAGGUACAGAAGUGCACUUAUUCUGAGUAUUCAACGCAUUCGUGCUGUGCUAGAAGCAGGUGUGUUGCAUGCCUGCUGCAUCUUGUGGCUUUCUGUGGGUGAGAGCAUAAUUAAAAUGCUUAAGAUGUGGAAAUGCUGGUUUCACAGCAAAUCAGUCACAGGACCAUCACUACGAUUCCAGCUGCUUUUUUUGUGACUAAAAGAAUAAAUCACGAAUGGCACAUGAACAUUA